CUUUAUCACUGGAAGCUAUGACAGAACAUGCAAAGUAUGGGAUACUGCAUCAGGAGAAAAGCUACGCACACUGGAGGGACACAGAAAUGUUGUCUAUGCAAUAGCUUUCAAUAAUCCUUACAGUGACAAGAUUGCCACUGGAUCUUUUGAUAAAACCUGCAGACUGUGGAGUACGGAAACAGGAAAAUGCUAUCAUACUUUCAGAGGACAUAGUGCAGAAAUAGUAUGUUUAUCAUUUAAUCCUCAGAGCACAUUGGUGGCAACUGGAAGUAUGGAUACCACUGCCAAAUUAUGGGAUAUAGAAAAAGGAGAAGAAAUAGUCACUUUAAGUGGGCACUCAGCGGAAAUUAUUGCAUUGUCUUUCAACACCACUGGAGACAGGAUUAUCACUGGCUCCUUUGACCAUACAGUAGCAGUGUGGGAUGUUGGCACUGGCAGGAUGUUACAUACUUUAAUAGGUCACCGAGGAGAGAUUAGCAGUGCUCAGUUCAACUGGGACUGUUCUCUCAUUGUCACUGGAUCAAUGGACAAAACGUGCAUGCUCUGGAAUGCUAUGACUGGGACACAUAUAGCAACUCUAUCAGGUCACAGCGAUGAAAUAUUGGAUGUCUGCUUUGAUUAUGCUGGCCAGCGUAUUGCAACUGCCUCUGCUGAUGGAUCAGCAAGAGUCUAUAAUGCAGAAACAAAAAAGUGCAUUGCAAAGCUAGAAGGGCAUGGAGGUGAAAUUUCAAAGGUAUGUUUCAACCCUAAAGGCAAUCGCAUACUAACAGCCAGCUCUGAUAAAACAGCUCGGCUCUGGGAUGCUGCUACUGGACACUGCCUUCAGAUACUAGAGGGUCACACGGAUGAGAUAUUCUCCUGUGCCUUCAAUUACAAAGGCGAUAUAAUCAUUACAGGGAGCAAGGAUAACACCUGUAGAAUAUGGCAGUGA